AUGCAUCCAAGCGCACUCCUCGGCCUCCUCUCCUUCGCCGCAGCGGCACUGGCCGUCCCAGCGGGCCAGGCACCGCAUACAGCGCGCUCCAUCUCCAACCUCAAAUCACACAUCAAAAACGUCGUCAUCCUUGUGAUGGAGAACCGCUCGUUCGACAACAUCCUCGGAGGGCAAACAACACCUGGUCUAGAGAAUCCUCUUCAAAGCGGACCUUUCUGCAACCCGUUUAACCUGACCGACCCCUCGGAAGGGGAAGCCUGCACGGCGCCUAAGAGUUUUGAUAGCGUCAUCAACGAUCCUGACCACGCGAUCUACGGGAACAACAUCCAGUUCUACGGCGAGUUUGUUCCUGAUAAUGCCGCUAUUGCGAGUGGCGAGUUGAAAGCCACGAACAAAGGCUUUGCGCACGAGCAGAUGCGGCUGUACGAAGACGUCGCUAAUAAGACGGACCUGGUUACCGAGGUUAUGCAUUAUUAUACGGAAGAACAGGUCCCUGUUCUGACUGCGCUGGUGAAAAACUACUUGACCUUCAACCACUGGCACUCUGAUAUUCCGGGAAACACAAACCCCAACCGCGCCGCCCUUGUUUCUGGCUCAUCCCACGGCCACGGCCUAAACGACGACGGAUUCACCAACCACGAGCUCCCCAACCGCUCAAUCUUCCAACAGCUCACCGAAACUGGGCAUUCAUGGCUCAACUACGUUGAUCCCGAUGGCGGCACCGGCCCGGACGCAGGCUUCUACGACUGGACCUACGCGACCGGAAACGACGACAAGAUCGUGCCGCUGGCGCAGUUCUACACAGAUGCUGCGGCCGGGAAUCUGACCGAAUUCACCUACAUUAACCCCUCAUGCUGUGGCGUCGGCACAACAUCCAUGCACCCCUCGGGUCUUAUCUCGGAUGGUGAGACGUUCAUCAAGUCUGUGUACGAUGCGCUCCGGGCGGGCCCGCAGUGGAACAACACGCUCUUUGUCCUGACCUUUGAUGAGAGCGGCGGUUUCCACGACCACGUCCCUGCGCCCUUGGCCCCGCGGCCGGACGACCUAACGUUCACGCUUGAGACACCGAACGGCGAAAACUACACUUUUCCCUUUGACAGACUCGGCGGGCGGAUCCCAACACUGCUGAUAUCGCCGUGGGUUGCCAAGGGCGCUGUGGAGCAGAAGGGCACGAACCACAAGAACGACGUUGUUUCGUACUCUGCUACCUCUAUUCUGAGGACGCUGGGGUAUUUGUGGGACUUUGAGCCGUUUAAUCCGCGCGUUGAGCACGCGGCUAGCUUCGAGCAUUUGAUUACUGCUAGGGCGAGGGAUGACACCAUCGAGGUUCUACCUGAGCCGGAGGCCUUCAAGAGAAGAGGCUGGUAA